AACAUCUUUAAACCCUAUAACCAGGUCCAACAUUGAACCUUUCAGUUUCAGCUCAAAACUCUGCGUUCACGGAAGCCCGGUGAAGAAAGUUUCGGGCUUUGAAUGCCCACACCCUAAUUGAGUUCUUUGGUUACGUGAGGAAAAAGGUGACUGUGUAUCUGAAUCCAAAUCUGAAUGGGUUAUCUUCAAUUUGGAAGACAUGGUGUUAGAAAGAUCAUUAGAUCUAGAGAUAUCAGUUAUGAUAAUGUUGUGGUAAACCCACUCCUGUUUGCUUCCCAAGGGCUUCGUUACAAGAGGAAGCUCCAAGUCAUCCUUACAACUGACAUAGAUAAGCUGGGAAAGGCAGGUGAUACUGUCAAAGUUGCCCCUGGAUAUUUUCGCAACCACCUAAUGCCUAAGCUCCUUGCUUUCCCUAACAUCGAUAAGUUUGCUUAUCUUCUCAACGAGCAGCGCAAGAUCUAUCAACCAACUGAGGAAGAAAAACAAGAAGAUGUCACUGUAGUUAAAGAAUCAAAGGAAGAUAAGAUGAAAGAGUAUGAAAGAGCUGCACUACGUCUUGAUAAAGCUAAGCUGGUCUUGCGGAGGUUAAUUGAUGUUCAAAAGGCCAAGUCACGUGAAUCCAAAGCUGACCCCUUGGAAUUACGUUUUGCUGUGACAAAAGACAAUCUUGUGGCUGAGGUGGCGAGACAACUCUGCGUGAACAUUGCACCCGAUAACCUGCAUCUUCCAUCACCUUUAUCGACGUUGGGAGAAUAUGAGGUGCCACUGCGAUUACCAAUAUCUAUCCCCCUGCCAGAGGGCAAGCUUAAUUGGAGUUUGAAAGUUAAAAUCAGGAGUAAAUAAAUCACUCUCUUGUGGAAUUCCGUUCACAGGGGAUGAAAUUAUUGCUUUGUGCUGAUAGUCAUCAAAUUAAACCCGGGGAUUAAAAGAGUUUGACAUGUUUUUAUUUAUAGAAAACAUAAAUGUUGACACAUUUAACAAUGUCUUUUCCAUAUUCUGUUAUGACUGAGUGAAAUCUCAUGUUCUUUGACACUCCUUUACAUAAAGUUAGCUCGU